CACUGUUUUAAAUGUUAAAAUAAGUCCUUAUGACAUUUUGAUAUAUCUCUGUGAACAUAUGGAUAGUUUAUCAUGAACUCUCUUGCCUCUGAUGACUUCAUUUUGGAGACAGAAAACAAUGUGAUAUUUGAAAAAUACAGAAGAGUUUCUAAAAAUUUGUAAUUUUGUUCAUACAUAAAGUGAUUUUGUCCAAUCAAUUGAUACACAGAAAUGACACCUACUACUGUAGGAUUUUUAUCUGCACCAUUCAAAUGUUAUACUCUUCUGCCUCCUACAGAACUUUAAGGCAAGGAAAAAAUCUUGGUAAUCUCCUUAUUUAAGGAUAGAUUAAGUUGCUUUACAUGGCAGCUUUCUAAAACUUUAAUGAUAAUCUCAUCUUUUGUGCAGUAUAGCCUAAUUUAUUAAACACUCCUAAAUAAAAAUGAGACAAAUGUUUUAUAAAAUUGACAGAUUACUUUGGUUGAUAUACUUAGAAUCUUAUGUUUGAAUGGGAAAUACACCUAUGUAAUUGUAAGAAAUAAUGUUUAGUGAUAGCAACCGACUUUAGGUUCCAUGCUGUCUGUGGAUCCUAAAUAUAGGAUACAUCACUUGAAGUGAAAUAGAUUGAAUCCUUGCUUUCAAAACUAACAUGAAGCUAACAUGACUUUAUUAAUCACUAAGGAAAAAAAUCAGUUGUAGAAUUACAAGUAAAUGAUAUUCUGAAAGGAACAAUUUGCUAAAUGUUUAUAUGUGAUUGAUCUUAUCUCUACCAUAUUUAGGAAGCAGUCAUGUUUCCAUGAGUCCUCAAAACUAUGUGACAAGAGAAUGUAGUAGAGUGAGGCCAGAAGUCCUUACUGGCUCAAAGAACUCCAGGGAAACUGGGAUAGAACAUUUUACAUUAUAAGUAGAACCCCGGGAGCCAGAGGUGGAACACAAGUUUAUCUGCAGAGCUCCGCUGCAGGGCUGAUCUGGGUCUGGAAGAAAUGGAUGAGAGCCACUGGAUGAAAUUCACUAAUACUAGACACCUGAGUCCUCUAAGAUUUGUGAAUGAACUUUGCUAAGUAUGGAUUCAGGUGGUGGAAGUCUUGGAUUGCACACAUCAGACUGUAGAAUGGCCCAUACCAUGAUUAUGCAGGAUUUUGUGGCUGGAAUGGCUGGUACUGCGCAUAUCGAUGGAGACCAUAUUGUUGUUUCGGUUCCUGAGGCUGUAUUAGUUUCUGAUGUUGUCACAGAUGAUGGGAUAACUCUUGAUCAUGGCCUUGCAGCUGAAGUUGUCCAUGGGCCUGAUAUCAUCACUGAGACUGAUGUAGUAACAGAAGGGGUAAUUGUUCCUGAAGCUGUACUUGAAGCUGAUGUUGCUAUUGAAGAAGAUUUAGAGGAAGAUGAUGGUGAUCAUAUCUUGACUUCUGAGCUAAUUACAGAAACCGUUAGAGUACCUGAGCAGGUUUUUGUGGCUGACCUUGUUACUGGUCCUGAUGGACACUUAGAACAUGUGGUCCAAGAUUGUGUUUCAGGAGUUGACUCUCCCACAAUGGUAUCAGAGGAGGUUCUUGUAACUAAUUCAGAUACAGAAACUGUGAUUCAAGCAGCUGGUGGUGUUCCUGGUUCUUCAGUUACUAUUAAAACCGAAGAUGAUGAUGAUGAUGAUGAUGAUGAUGAUGAUGUCAAGAGCACUUCUGAAGACUACUUAAUGAUAUCUUUGGAUGAUGUUGGGGAAAAAUUAGAGCAUAUGGGGAACACACCAUUAAAAAUUGGCAGUGAUGGUUCACAGGAAGAUGUUAAAGAAGAUGGAUUUGGUUCAGAAGUAAUAAAAGUGUAUAUAUUUAAAGCUGAGGCUGAAGAUGAUGUUGAAAUAGGUGGAACAGAAAUUGUCACAGAGAGUGAGUACACCAAUGGACAUUCUGUAGCUGGAGUGCUUGACCAGAGUCGAAUGCAGCGGGAGAAGAUGGUUUACAUGGCAGUUAAAGAUUCUUCUCAAGAAGAAGAUGAUAUUAGUUGCGCUGAAAUAGCAGAUGAAGUUUACAUGGAAGUCAUUGUAGGGGAAGAGGAAGGAACUUCUCUCCCUGAGACUCAGCUUGAGGACUCUGAUGUUAAUAAAACAAUUGUCCCUGUUGUCUGGGCUGCGGCAUAUGUGCGUGAAAUUAUAUCUAAUCUAUGGGAGUGGAAGAACUCAACAACAAAAAAGUUUAAUCCAAGGAACAAUGGUCAAAGAGAUGAAAGAAGAGUUUCCCGAAGGUAUGAAGAUUGUCAAGCAUCAGGAAAUACUUUGGACUCAACAUUAGAAAGCAGAAGUAGUACAGCAGCACAGUACCUUCAAAUUUGUGAUAGCAUUAAUACAAAUAAAGUACUUAAACAGAAAGCCAAGAAGAGGAGAAGGGGAGAAACCAGGCAGUGGCAAACAGCUGUUAUAAUAGGCCCUGAUGGACAGCCCCUGACAGUAUACCCUUGCCAUAUUUGCACAAAAAAGUUUAAAUCCAGGGGAUUCUUGAAAAGACACAUGAAGAAUCAUCCUGAUCAUUUGAUGAGAAAAAAAUACCAGUGUACAGAUUGUGACUUCACAACUAACAAGAAAGUGAGUUUCCAUAACCACUUGGAAAGCCAUAAGCUUAUAAACAAAGUUGACAAAACCCAUGAAUUUACAGAAUACACACGAAGAUACAGAGAGGCUAGUCCACUGAGUUCAAAUAAACUUAUAUUAAGAGACAAGGAGCCGAAGAUGCACAAGUGCAAAUACUGUGACUAUGAAACUGCAGAACAAGGACUGUUAAACAGACAUUUACUGGCUGUUCAUAGCAAAAAUUUUCCUCAUGUUUGUGUUGAGUGUGGUAAGGGCUUUCGACAUCCUUCUGAACUCAAGAAACACAUGAGAACCCAUACUGGUGAGAAGCCAUAUCAGUGUCAGUAUUGUGUCUUCAGGUGUGCAGAUCAGUCAAAUCUGAAAACUCAUAUUAAGUCUAAACAUGGUAACAAUUUGCCAUAUAAAUGUGAGCAUUGUCCUCAAGCAUUUGGUGAUGAGAGGGAGCUUCAACGCCAUCUGGAUUUGUUUCAAGGACAUAAGACACACCAGUGUCCUCAUUGUGACCAUAAGAGCACCAACUCAAGUGACCUUAAGCGGCACAUCAUAUCUGUCCAUACUAAGGAUUUUCCUCACAAAUGUGAGGUCUGCGAAAAAGGUUUCCAUCGUCCUUCUGAGCUCAAAAAGCAUAGUGAUAUCCAUAAGGGUAGGAAGAUUCAUCAGUGUAGGCACUGUGACUUUAAAACAUCAGAUCCAUUUAUUCUUAGUGGUCAUAUCCUUUCAGUUCAUACUAAGGAUCAGUCAUUGAAGUGUAAAAGGUGCAAGAGAGGGUUCAGGCAACAAAAUGAACUCAAAAAACAUAUGAAGACCCACACUGGAAGGAAGAUUUACCAAUGUGAGUAUUGUGAAUACAGCACUACAGAUGCAUCGGGCUUUAAACGACAUGUGAUAUCAAUACAUACAAAAGACUAUCCACACAGGUGUGAAUUCUGCAAGAAGGGAUUCCGAAGACCAUCAGAAAAAAAUCAGCAUAUUAUGAGGCACCACAAGGAGGCUCUUAUGUAAUAAGAUCAAUAUAAAGAAAGAAGCUAUUUAGAAAAUAUGAUACACUACAUGGGAUGAAAAUUUCAUGAACUGUUUCAUCUAGUUCCAAAGCUUGAUAGUAAAUCAUAACUUUACAUUCUUUGUAUUAGAGAUCUUGAAAUAUUUGAAAUGACAGGGGAUCUUAUACCCCUUUGAAAAUUACUUAAAGAAUUUAAGAAGCACCAUAGAAUGGUUGCAGAAAAACUCUUAAGUGUCUAUUUAAUAGUGUUAUAUGCAUAAACUACAGAAGGGAAGAGCAAAGACAAUGACUUUAUUGGCUGAUCAUACUAGAGAUCAAUACUUCUGAAAAGAUCAUACAUAAUUGAGUUUAACAAUGCUUUGCUAUGGCAAGCAAGCCUCACUUUUAUGUGAUUUUAGAAAUGAAGUGGAGAAAUAAAAUUUAGUCAUGCAUCAGUCACUUAGUCAUUGGGCCUUUUUUAUGGUACCUGAAAAUUGAAUUCCAGAAAUGGCAAAAGUUUUAUGUAUCCAUUAAAAGAAAUUCCACUGGAAAACAGCUUAUAUUAAUUCAGUACUAUUAAAAAGAAUUUCAGAGCUGCUAGAUUUUAUCACAGGAUAGGAUGUUUAAAAUAUAGCAUUCUUUCCUGAAGUAUAAAGUGAAGUUUAGGAUUACAGUUCUCUUUUCUGAUGUUCAGGUUGAUUUUUCAGUAUGGCAUAUAUGACAAAAGUAUGUUUGAGUCAAAUGUGGCUUUCUAAAACAGAUGCAACAGUAGUGUUGCAAAUAAAGUUAGCACUAUAUUUCUUAAUGAUCUAAAGUUUAAACUGGGAGAACAGUUUUCUUAAAUACUAUGUUUAGAAGUUUCUUUUUAGGGCAGUCUUAGCAAGUAUGAUUGUUCUAUUUGUACUUGCUCUAAUGUUUAAAGGUGCAAUUUUAUGCCAUUAUUGGAAAUUUUGAUUUUUUAAAAUCUAUAUACCAUAUUAUUAACAUGAAUUUUCAAUAUGAUGCAGUAUAUAUGCAGUAUUUAACAAAACACUAUGCUGCCAGUAGAGUUUGGAGGUGGAUAUUCAGUUUACAGUGUAUAAAUUUAAAAUAUGCAUCCCUUUAACAAUGCUUUGUGUUAGCAUGCUGCAAAUCAAAAUGGCGCUUAAUAUAAAAAGCUGGUUUAGGGAAAUUUAAUGAAACUCCUGUUCAUAAAUGUAAUGCAUAUGAUGUGUACUUUUAAGUUAUAGUUGCUUCAUGUUUCCACUCAGCUGUUCAACAUAACUAAAAUGUAAAUUUACUUUAUGCUAUAUUGUGAAUUUGUGUUUUAAAUAAUGUUCACCUUUCUGUUUUUGCACCAGAUAAGGAUCUGUUCCUUGAGAAUAAAUUUUUUAUCUUUCUUAACUUCAGAAUAUUAAAUUUGGAAAAUCUAAAAUAGUGUGUUAUGUGGCUGUAAAUGAUGUACACGCUGUAAAAUAAGAUUGUCAUUGUUAUGUGGGAUUAUUAUUUCUAAAUGUUACUCAUUGAAAUGAGCAUACAAUAAAAAGCAUUUAUUGCA